UGGAUUUCUCCUCGGUCGACUUAGUUGGUUGCACAACAUCGCAAACGUUUUUCCAUCCGCCAUUGUAAGACUAGUCGUACUCCGCUAGCUAGACGCUCGCCUUUUGUCACAUCCUUUUAAUUUUUUAACUAUAUCAACUAGCAAAUACAUAAUGGCUUCAGACUCCUGGGCCCAGGCGGUGGACGAGCAAGAGGCGGCCGCGGCGGAAUCGAUCGGCAGCCUUCAAAUAAAAGAGAAGCCUGAGGAAAACGGCACACCGUCACUGUCAGCAGAAAAUGCAGCUGAAAACUCUGAGGCUGGAGGAGAUAAGAAGACUACAGAAGAAGAUGACACUGGUGUUGAUGACAAAGCAGCUCAGUCAUUGUUGAACAAGCUGAUCCGGAGUAAUCUUGUCAACAACACUAAUCAAGUAGAAGUUCUUCAAAAGGAUCCUAACUCUCCACUCUUCUCUGUGAAGUCAUUUGAGGAGUUACGACUCAAACCACAGCUCCUUCAAGGUGUCUAUAGCAUGGGAUUUAACCGGCCAUCCAAAAUCCAGGAGACGGCCUUACCCAUGAUGCUAGCUGAACCUCCACAGAAUCUGAUUGCCCAGUCCCAGUCAGGAACAGGCAAAACAGCUGCCUUUGUUCUCGCCAUGCUCAGCCAUGUUAAUCCUGACCACAAGUAUCCCCAGUGCCUGUGCUUGUCACCCACCUAUGAGCUGGCGCUCCAGACUGGUAAAGUCAUUGAGCAGAUGGGCAAAUACUAUCCUGAGGUCAAGUUAGUCUAUGCCAUCCGAGGAAAUAAACUGCAGCGAGGCGUGAAGUUGCAGGAGCAAAUAGUCAUCGGCACACCUGGCACCAUGUUGGAUUGGUGCAGCAAGUUGAAGUUCAUAGAUCCCAAGAAGAUCCGGGUGUUUGUGCUGGACGAGGCUGACGUCAUGAUCGCAACACAAGGUCACAAAGACCAUAGUAUCCGGAUUAAGAGGAUGGUGCCCAAUAACUGCCAGAUGUUGUUGUUCUCAGCCACAUUUGAGGAGACCGUGUGGGACUUUGCCAAGAGCAUCGUGCCCGACCCCAACAUCAUCAAACUGAAGCGAGAGGAGGAGACCCUGGACACCAUCAAACAGUACUAUGUGUUGUGUAACACCAAGGAGGAGAAGUUUGAAGCCCUGUGCAAUAUCUACGGCGCCAUCACCAUCGCCCAGGCCAUUAUCUUCUGCCAUACAAGGAAGACUGCAGGCUGGCUUGCAGGGGAACUUUCCAAAGAGAAGCACCAGGUGGCACUGCUGAGCGGGGAGAUGCAGGUGGAGCAGAGGGCUGCAGUGAUCGAACGAUUCCGAGAUGGGAAGGAGAAGGUUCUUGUCACCACAAAUGUCUGUGCUCGAGGUAUUGAUGUUGAGCAGGUAUCGGUGGUGAUCAAUUUUGACUUGCCAGUCGACCGGGAUGGUAACCCAGACAACGAGACGUAUCUCCACAGGAUCGGCCGCACGGGCCGAUUCGGCAAAAGAGGGUUGGCCAUCAACAUGGUGGACAGCAGGAUGAGUAUGAACAUCCUCAACAGAAUCCAGGAUCAUUUUAAUAAGAAAAUUGAAAAGCUGGACACUGAUGACCUGGACGAAAUAGAGAAGAUCGCCGGCUAAAAUAAAGAAAGUGAUGUACAUUUCUACUAUGUUUUAGGUUUCUCUUUUAGUUUCUGCACGUUCACACAUGACAGGGACUUGAGGCUACAGGUGUUUGGUGUGUGAAACAUACCCCAUUUCACUCUUUUUACAUCUUGGAAUAAAGUUGUAAUGCUUAAAAAGUGAUGUAUUUUGUAAACGUCAAGAUUCCCCCAUCCAAAAAAAAAGCAAUUAGACACGGCGGUUCCUUUGGAGUGAAUGUAUCUUCCCUCCCAGGGCCACAGUAGGAAGGGUGAAGUUGGGUAUGCUGCUGCUCGUACACCUGUGCUCACACCACACUAGAUUCAGGGUGCAUAGCCUCUUGCCAAAAAGGCUGCCGAUAGAGAUCACAUUUCUGUCUCCAUCACUUUAUGCUAGCUUUUAGCUUUGAAACAUUUUGCACAUAAAGCUUUGGAGCAUUCAGGUCUGAUUUGUUUUCUCUCCUCAACCAGGGUUGGACUUUUCUUAUUCACGCAAAAACGACACACUUCUUGACCAUUGUGAGAGAUAAAUACACCGCUCAAGUGCAUUAUUUAUACAUAUGAUUUUUCUUAUUGAUGAUCUCAAAUAUCGGGCUGAAUAGGACUUGAUGUUUUCAAUAAGGAAUUCUCUUGAGCCCAAUGCUGAGUUGAGGGAUGUACCAUACGGUCGUAACAAAAGGUGACGUGUCGGCCUUUGAAAUGAUACAAAGUGUGAUUGAUUUAUCCAUAGGGUCACUUCUGAGAAGUGCAAAAUAAGACCCACAUUCAACUUUAAUGGACAUCAAUUGUUCAAAGUGGGUGACUUAAAAGAGUUGCGGGUGUGAGUGAACCUUCAACAAACCUCAUGUGACCAUGGUGGUGGUCUGCUUUUAUUCUAUCCACUGUUUACGCUAGCAGGAUUAUCUGUGAACUCUUUUUAGGUGAGGAAAGUAUGCAGUUUUAUUGGCAUGUAUACUUUGUGAACAACUUUCUUCAUGGUAGACAAACCUUUGCUAGUGUUACACUCCUUGUUUUGGUAUGACAAGACACACCUGUACGUGUAGCUAGGAUGCACUCGUGUAUGAUUUUAGUAGCAAUGAAACAUGUUUAUCUGUGUCCUGAAACACAUGCGGUAUUAACCAAUAAAGUGGCGUAUACACUUGAAGGAAUGACAUUGU